UCUCCACACCUGGAUAGCUUACAAGUGGGAGGCCUGCGAGAUUUGUUUUGUUUAAACACCAGGCACGCCAGAGCCGUGUCUUCAGACUAGCGGAUGAGUCCAGGGAGGAAUCAUGAACCGAUUGAAACAUGUGGGCAAAAUCCAGAGGCGAUUGCAGGAGGUCAAAAACUGGUCCUUCCGACUGGCCAAAGCAGAUUUUAGCCACAAUGAGAGCGUGCGGCUGGCCACCGAUGCUCUCCUGGAUGGUGGGGUCCAGUCCUACCUCAAAGCCUUGGAGAAAGAAGGAGAAGUGGACUUCUUGUCUUCUGAGGAAGCGCAGUACAUCGAGAGGAAUGCCAAGGAACCUUACUACGCCAACGACACUCACGCUGACGGAGAAGCAGGGUCAAGGCAGACGAACGACGCCAGGUCCGUACAAUCAGGAUCGUAUUUCCCACUUGCUUCGGAGGUCAGCGAGCCGGCCCUUUUCCACACGUGGAGCACCACAGAAAAGCCCUACCUGAAGGAGAAGUCCAGUGCCACGGUGUAUUUCCAAACCAAUAAGAACAGCAAUAUCAGAGACCUCAUACGUCGGUGCAUUAACAAGACCAGCCAGGUAUUGGUUAUUUUGAUGGAUGUGUUCAGCGAUGCCGAGAUAUUCUGUGACAUUUUAGAAGCAGCAAACAAACGGAGGGUCUUUGUCUACUUGCUGCUGGACCACAGCAAUCUCCGGCUGUUCACCGAGAUGUGCGGCAAACUACGUGUCACGGAGGAUCACUUCAAGAAUAUUUCCGUGCGAAGCGUCACCGGAGAAGUUUAUUGUGCUAAAUCGGGCCGGAAAUUCUCGGGGCAAAUCCAAGAAAAAUUUAUCAUCUCAGACUGGAGAUAUGUCCUGUCUGGUUCCUACAGCCCGUGCUUCACUCUCUUUAAAAACAGCAUCAUUGGCACAUUCUGCUUUGCUCUCCUGGUUUUCAGGACCUGCAGAGGGGCUGUAGGAACAGGCCAGAAGUGCGAGUGGGUGUGCCCACUGGCUGCAAUGAAGCUCCUGGUGGCAACCACAAGGAACGAUGUCCGUUCUCUUGAAGCCAAGGUGGCUUGA